AUGAACACUAUCCGCGAGAUCAAUCGUAUAAACGAGAGGGAACUACAAUUGGGUGUCAAAGGUUCAUGGCAUGAUGAGUAUAAAGACUCGGCUUACAUCUUUGUAGGUGGAUUAGCAUACGAGUUAUCAGAAGGAGAUGUAAUUACUAUAUUCUCGCAAUGGGGCGAAAUAAUAGAUAUCAACCUACCGAGAGAUAAGGAAACUGGUAAAACCAAAGGAUUCGGUUUUUUGAUGUAUGAAGAUCAGAGAAGUACCGUGUUGGCCGUGGAUAAUAUGAAUGGUGCGCAGGUAUUGGGAAGGACAAUAAGGGUCGAUCAUACUCGAAAUUAUCGCCAGCCAGGUAAACGUAACGAUGAAGGUGAAUAUGAAGAACCUGAAGAACCAACUUAUAAUGCCAUGCCACCUGUCUUAUCGGAUUCCGAUUCGGACGAUUCUUCCGAAUCAGACAAAGAUGACCUGGACGAAGAAGAUCCAAUGGCAGCGUUUAUAAGGGAAGAGAAGAAGAAAGCUAAAAAGGCUCUAACACAGGGUGAGAAAGGGAAGAAGAGGAAGCACGAAGGAGAGAGCAAAGAGGAAAGGAAGAAGAGGAAAGAAGAGAAGAAGUUGAGGAAAGAAGAGAAAAAGAGGAAGAAGGAUGGGAAAGUCAAGGUGGAAGAUGAUAUUACACCUAGAAGAGGUAUAGAUGAUGAGAGAAGGAGGAAAGAAGACAGAUUAGAGGAUAGAGAUCGAGAUCGAAUAAGAGAAAGAGAAGAUGAUAGGAAAGUGGGAGGAUCGAAUAGAGAUGAUUGGAGAGAUGGUAAAUUCGAAUUGCAACGAGAACGUGAACGAGACGAAAGGCCAUCAAGUAGCUCAAGAAGAGAUAAUCGAGAUGAACGAUAUGGCUCGCGUGAUCGUGGUGAAAGAGAUGGCACGGACAGGAGAAAUAGGUAUAGAGAAGAUGAUGAGCGAGAUAGAAGGCGCAGGGAUGAGGAGAGGAGGUAUAGAGAUGAUGAUAGGGAUAGUGAAAGACGAUACAGGGAUGAUCGUGAUCGAGACAGAGGUAGGGGAAGGGAUGACCGUGAUUACAGGAGGUGA